GAGAGCUGAGGCGAACGUGGCCGAUAAAUAACACAUGCUCGACAGCGAACGAGGGUGAUGUGCCAUAUACGGCCGCAACGCCUCAGACGCGCCAACCGCCUCUGCCAGCAAACAAGAAGCGCUUACAGUGCCCUUACUAGCCCACUCCUUAGCCCCUCUCCGGCCUCCCUCCCGCCAUGCUUUCUCGCGCUGGACCCUCGCUCCUAUCCGCCGCCGGACGCCGGUCCUUUUCGCAGUCUGCAGCCCGACACAGUUAUGAAGACACGAUCAAGAACCUCCUCAUCCACAAAGACACGAAGGUGCUCUGCCAGGGGCUGACUGGAAAGACAGGUACUUUCCACACGAAAGAGGCCCUCGCGUAUGGCACCCGGAUGGUGGGCGGUGUCUCGCCGACCAAGGCGGGCCAGACACAUUUGGGACUCCCGAUUUUUGGCUCCGUGAAGGAGGCCGUUCGUGAAGUGCAACCGGAUGCCACCGUCCUCUAUGUACCGCCCCCACAUGCUGCGGACGCUAUCCUCGAGGCCAUUGAGAACGAGAUUGGGUUGAUUGUGUGCAUCACGGAGGGUAUCCCCCAGGCCGAUGAAAUCAAGGUCGCAAACGCGCUCAAGAGCCAAUCCAAGUCGCGUCUCGUGGGCCCGAACUGCCCGGGUGUCAUCAACCCGGAGGGAUGCAAGAUGGGCAUUCAGCCCGGUCACAUCCACAUGCCCGGAAAGAUCGGGAUUGUUUCACGGUCCGGUACGCUGACCUAUGAGGCCGUCGCACAGACCACGAGCGUCGGUCUCGGUCAGUCCCUCUGCAUCGGCGUCGGUGGUGACCCAUACCCGGGUACCAAGCAUGUGGAUGUCAUCAAGCUCUUCCUAGAUGACCCGAAGACAGAGGGUAUCGUGAUCAUCGGUGAAAUUGGUGGCUCCAUGGAGGAGGACGCGGCAGAGUACCUCGAACAGUACAACAAGACGCGCACCAACCCCAAGCCUGUCGUCGGCUUCAUCGCUGGGCGCACAGCUCCCCCAGGCAGGCGGAUGGGUCAUGCUGGUGCUAUCAUCUCUGGUGGCAAAGGAACUGCGACUGCGAAGGUCGAUGCACUCCGAAAGGCGGGUGUCAUCGUGACCGACAGCCCCGCACAAAUCGGGCCUGAGAUGUUGAAGGCCAUGAAGGCUGCAGGGCUGGCGUAGAGGACUCUGUUGUUACUUACACACCGUCACUUGGAACGGAUACCGUGCAUACAAUCGGCGUAGUUACGUAAUAGAGUUCACUAGACACUGCUAGCGUCUCUUCUUGCAGCAAUUACUUACUUAUGGGAUAACCCUGCUUG